AUGUUUUCGGCUCGGAAACAAGUCGAGCGGAGCCGAACUGACCCGAACAUGCUCGUAAUCACCUACAACUCGGAGCACAACCAUCCGUGGCCUACCCAAAGGAACGCCCUCGCGGGCUCCACAAGAUCUCAACCGUCCAAAGUGGACACCACAACCGGCCCACAAAGCCCGCCACCGCAAAAGCCCACUAACGAGCAAAAGGAAACCAUCAACCCGAAAAACACAUCAUCCACGACAUCGGCCGUUGACAUCAUCAUCCAAUCCGCGAAAGAGGAAACGGGUUCGGAUCCGGAUCUUGAUCCAGGUUUCGAGGAUGGGUUUUCGGGCAGCUACAAGCCAAUUUUCCCGAGCCACGACCACUCAGAGGAUAGUUUUUUCGCGGAAUUAGGGGAGAUUGAGACCGACUCUCUAGAUAUGUUCGGGUUCUCGGGCAAUAAUGGGCCAGGUCACACGGGUUUGGAUCCGUUUAUAUUUUACGAUUGGGAUGGUAGCAAUGAUGCAUGUGUCGGUUCUCCCGGAGGUGCCGCCACACGCGACGCCAAUAAGAACUUAUGUUAG